CUGGCUCCGCGGGCAACGGGCACACGCUGUGGCCAACGGCCGCGUCGGUGGCAACCAAGCUGGGAGCGAUGGGCUGCCGCUCGGCUCCGGGAGCGAUGCUGCUGCUGCCCUUCGUCGUGCUGCUGGCCGCCUGCCGGCCCGGCCACGGCUUCUCGGGCUCCUGCGACACCUGCGGGCUCCGGCCCGUGGCUUAUCACUACCAUGGAAUGCGCGUCGUGGGAGGCACGGAAGCUCUUCACGGGUCCUGGCCGUGGAUCGUCAGCAUCCAGAAUCCCCAUUUUUGGGGCACGGGGCACAUGUGUGGAGGGUCCCUCAUCAGCCCGCAGUGGGUGCUCACGGCAGCGCACUGCUUCGGCCACCCCAGCGACGUUGUGGAGUCGCGUGUGGUGAUCGGUGCCAACGAUUUAACUCAUCUGGGCCAGGAGGUGGAAGUGCGCACCAUCCGGAGGGCGAUACUUCACGAAUACUUUAACAAUAAGACAAUGGUCAAUGACAUCGCGCUGCUCGAGCUGGACCGACCCGUCCACUGCAGCUACUACAUCCAGCUCGCCUGCGUGCCCGACACCUCGCUGCGAGUGUCGGAGCUCACGGACUGCUACGUCAGUGGCUGGGGUGUCACAGAAAUGAGAGCUGUAGCACCUGCCCGAACUGCCACGAUCCUGCAGGAGGCCAAGGUCCAUCUCAUCGACCUCAACCUCUGCAACAGCAGCCACUGGUACGCCGGGGCCGUCCAUACCCACAACAUAUGCGCUGGUUAUCCACAGGGCGGCAUCGACACCUGCCAGGGCGAUAGCGGUGGCCCUCUCAUGUGCAGAGACAACAACGCUGACUACUUCUGGGUUGUUGGUGUGACCAGCUGGGGGAAAGGCUGCGGCAGAGCGUUUCGCCCUGGAAUCUAUACCUCCUCUCAGCACUUUUACAACUGGAUCCUGACACAGAUGAGAGCAGCAGCCUACCCGACGUCGCGGACGUGGAGUCAUUUCAUGACCACCUCAUCCCACUAUCACGGGUCAAAACCAGUGCCAACAUCAACACAACCCAGCGCGUCGAGCUCCUGUCCAUAUCCGGUCCAGAAACUUAUGGAUUUCUUCAAUGGGGUGCAGGAGCUCCUGCAGACCCUAAGGGGAAGCAAGGCUUAAUGAGCUGCAUGACCCACAGCAGGCUGCAAUGCACCAUGACCCUUUUCUGCAAGGGGUAAUGCCUGAUGGCAGCCCCGGUGCCAAAGCCCUGCUCAGUCCCGUCCGCCAUCCUCGGACUGCACACAAACACUGAAGUUGACUCAGUUGGACAAAUAAAGCUUCUUAUUUUCACAGA